GUUUUUUAAUCAUCCUCGUUUAAUAAAUUGAAAUUUUAUAAAGCUGGCUCAAGUUUUUUAUUUUCGAUUCUUCAUUCUUGUAAAUUCUCGACAUUGAAAAAUGGGAUCUUUAUGUUGUGGCGGUUCUCAAUCAUCUGGCCACUCAUUGGAUGAAAAUAGCUAUUUAAGUGGCGAAAACAUAACCGAAGAAGAACGACGACGUCGUGCUGUUGAAGCGGCCGAAAAACGUCUUCAACAACAACAAAUGCGCGGUGUUCAAUUAGGAACAAUUGAUUCUCAGCCGAUAAGAGUUGCACAUAGUGAAAUACCUGGAAAUAUUGAUUCGAAUUUACGAUGGCAGGUGUCAUAAUCUUUCAUCGAUAUAAUGUGAUCACUAAAAAUUGAUCAAAUAAUUUGCAUUUCGACUAUUAUUCUUUUUGUUUGUGUAUC